AUGGAAGACCAUCCCGAGGGUGCUCCUCGCCCACCCGAGCAGCCACCCGAACAGAAAGACGAGUACAAGCAAUCAAGCCAGAGCAAAGGGCGCUUCCGCUUCAAAAGCAGUUCAUCCCGCGACAAACACAGCAGCCACUCUCGACACCACAAAAGACACCACAGCAGUCACAGACACAGCGAGCGCUCCUCCAAACGGCGUCACAGGCAUCGAUCCCCAGAUCCACCAAAUGAGGACAACCCACCGAUCUCGCCCAAUGUGGCGUUCCGCGAAUCGCUCUUCGACGCACUAGGCGACGACGAAGGCGCCGCCUACUGGCAGAGUGUCUACGGACAACCUAUACAUACCUACGCCGUCCCCGAGGUCCCAGGGCCCAACGGGGAACUAGAACAGAUGGACGACGAGGAAUACGCCGCCUACGUGCGCGCGCGAAUGUGGGAACGCACGCGCGAGGGCAUGGUGGAAGAACAGGAACGACUCCGCGAAGAGCGUAGGAGAGCCAAGAUGCGCGAGCAGCAGGGCCGCGGUCGCGAGGAUGAGCGCAGAACCUUUGAGCGGGCCAUGGAGGAUAGUCUGCGGCGGGGCGCGGAGCGGAAGAAGAGGAGGGCGUGGGAGGGGGCUUGGCAGGAGUAUUUGGCGAGUUGGGAGGAGAUUGCCAAGGUGGUGAAGGAGUUUGAAGCUGCAUCUGAUACCGAGGCUGCCUCUGCGAAGCCGCUUCGGAAUCUGCUCUUCUGGCCUGUUGAGUCGGGCAAGCGCCGCGAUGUGAAUCCUGAUUCUGUCCAGGAUUUUAUGCGCCAUGUGCCUGGGGCCGAUCUAUCGGCGACACUCAAGGUCGAGCGUGUGCGCUGGCAUCCGGAUAAGAUGCAGCAUAGGUAUGGUGCUCUGGGCAUCGACGAGGCUGUGAUGCGAAGCGUGACGGAGGUGUUUCAGAUCAUCGAUCGUAUGUGGACUGAAGAGCGCGGGCAUUGA